AUGGCUCGUCCCUCUGCUCCAUCCUUAUCGGCCCUUGCUGCUUUGCUCUUGAGUUUAGGCAUCGCAAUACUGGUCUUACCUCAAUUAGUUCUGUGUGUUGCAACUAUGACUCAUUCGGAGGGCCAAGAAAACUUUUAUCCAUCCUUAUCCACCCCAACAUUGACACAUGAAUAUGAGGUCUUUGUUAGCUUUCGUGGGGCCGAUAUCCGCACAGGCUUUAAAAGCCAUUUUUUUGCUGCUUUAAACCAUAAAAGGAUUGGUGCGUAUAGAGAUGACAUAGAUCUCCCUAGAGGGGGAGAGAUUGGACCUGAGUUGUUGAAGGCAAUCGAGAUUUCAAGAAUUGCAGUUGUUGUGUUCUCAAAAAACUAUGCUACUUCGGAUUGGUGCCUUGAUGAGCUGGUGAAGAUCAUGAAAUGCAAAAGGCUUUUAAAUCAAAAGGUGCUGCCUAUUUUCUAUGAUGUGUCUCAAUCGGAGGUGCUAGAACAUAAGGGAAAUUUUGCAGAGGCGCUCUCCUGA